CUGAGAUUCUUUGCUGAUUUAUUCCUUUUUUUUCUCCUUCAAUAUAAAGCAAUCUUUUGAUCUGAAAGGGUAAAACUGCCAAAUAGCCACAAAUGGUUUAUCUAAACAGCAUAGAACCAAAUACCGUUAUCCUCUCCAGUCUCCAUUGCUCAACAUAGUCGGACCCAUGGAGACCCUCUAAACUAACAGUCCAGUCCACUUCAAAAUCUGUAGCUUCUAGUUUCUGCUAUCCAUUCUGAACUUAUUAUUCAGAUUUUGUCUAUUUAUAGAGUAUUUGGUUUCCCAUGUACUGCUUUUGAUAGCAUGUGAUAAUGUGUUUGUGGGUUCUAUACAUUUGAUCAUUUCAAUGCUUUCUUUUGGUUCAUUUGCAAAGUUUCUUGAGCAAGAUUGCAACUUUGUGCUUGUAUGAGGCUGAAAAAUGUUGGGUUUUUGUCUACAUGACCUUAAUGAGCACUUCAAUGGUCUUCUGCGAAAGCUUUGUCUUUUCCAAUUCAAAUGCCAGUAGGAUUCCUCUGAAUUCGCACUUUUUGUCAAGUGGGUUGGUCCAUUUCAGUUCACCUCGGAGAAAAUUUCGUGGGUUGGUGCCAAAAGCUAAGAAGAAGCAUCCAAAGAGGGAGAGGAGCUGGUGGCAGAGGUUCUUUCUUGAUGAUGAUGGGAAUUGGCUUGGUUUGAAGGAGGAGGAUAUGCUUGAAGAUGAUGCGGUGGAAUCCGAGGAUUCAAGCGGUGAGGAGUUGUCGGAGGAUGAAAAGUUCGAGGCGUGGAAAAGGCGAGCUGAGGCAAUUAUUGAGUUGAGGGAAGCGCAGGAGGAUGCAAGGAAUGAGGAGAAUAGGAGGUGGGAGGAUUGGAUUGUGCAUGACACAGAGGAGUCUGUCAAUGGUUCUUCAUCUUGGAUGGGUAGCUCAAAUGGUGCAGUUGGGAAGGCUGUGGAUGAAGUCAGGGAAGAUCCUAUUGGCAUAAUUCCUAGGGGUGGUUUAGUGAAGUCAGUGAAAGAUGCAAUUCUUGGCGAGAAGGAGGAUGACAUUCUCUACGAGGAUCGUGUUUUCCGUUACGCCUCAUUUAAUUCGGCUAAAUUUUUGGCGGUAUUGAUUAUAGUUCCGUGCACUUUGGAUUUUUUGGUUCACGACUUUAUCCUCAUGCCAUUUCUGGACAGGUAUGUCAAGACAGUACCUCUUGCAGCCCAGAUGCUUGAUGUACGAACAAAUCAGAAGCUUGAAAUUGUUGAGGAAAUAAAACUCGCAAAAGCACGGUAUAGGCUCGAAGUAGAUAUCGGCAAGUCCCCGCCUCUCUCUGAUAAAGAGCUGUGGAUGGAGUUGCACCAUAAAACAGUAGAAUUGCGAGAUGAACGCAGGCUUGAGAAUCGUAGAGCUUUUGCAAAUAUUUGGUCGGAUAUUGUUUUUGGGACGUCAUUAUUUAUUCUUUUGUACUUCAAUCAAAGUAAAGUAGCUUUGCUCAAAUUUGCAGGCUACAAGAUUAUAAAUAAUGUUUCAGACACGGGGAAGGCAUUUCUAAUCAUACUCAUUACUGAUAUCUUUCUAGGGUAUCAUUCAGAAUCUGGUUGGCAGACAUUGUGUGAGAUAAUAGUGGAGCAUUAUGGAUUGGAAGUUGAUGAGGCUGCCAUAACAAUUUUUAUAUGCCUUUUCCCAGUUAUUAUUGAUGCAUGUGUUAAGCUCUGGUUGUUCAAGUUCUUGCCAAGAUUAUCCCCGAAGGUAUCAAAUAUUUUCAAGGAAAUGAAGAGGCAUUAGAGAUGCCCAUUCAUGUCCGGCUUGUCGCUGUCAGAAGAAGUUCCAAGAAGGUACAGCAUUCUAGCACUCGUUUUGUGCAUCAGGCCGGUUCAUACUCUUGGCUUCUUUGGACUGCUGUAUCUACAAAACAUUACAACCAAUUUUGGUCUGAUUUCAUUGGAGCUAAAUUUUAUAGUUAGCUUGGUAUACUAGACAGAUUCACAUUCUAUCUUGGAAUAAGAUCAAGAUCUGUAGGACUCUGAAUGAGCUUGUCCAUAAAUCGGUGGAAUCCACCAUUUUUUCCGCCCUCUUAUUUGGCAAUGCAAUUGCUUGCCUGUCUCACAGGGCAUUCAUUUCUCUGUACAUGUUGUGUAGUGUACCAUUAGUAGGAUUAUUAAAUGGUUUGACUUGGAACUUUGUUCAUGGACUUUAAAGUUUAGGUAUGAUGUGACAAACAGGGUAAUCAUGCUGUAUAAAAGUUAGGUUAUGGUCAUUCAUCAGCCCUUUUACCCGAAAAGAAAAGAAGUAAAAAGCCGGCGCAGGUUUUGUUGGAUCAAAGAGAUUUUAGAGCAUUUCUGGAGUUGGAAAUAUUGUUGAAGAUGAUGGGUUGUGUCUCUUUGGUUGUCCUUUAUUGGCUCUUCUUACUGGAAUUCUCUUAAAAAUGGAAUGCCCUCAAUGGUGAUUCUUGAGUAUGGUUUCCAUAUUCUUCCAUUUUGAUGUGGGAAUUUUGUAGAAAAACAAAAAAGGAAAAGAAAUGAAGAACUUCCAUUAGUUAUGUUGGAAGUCAAUUGACACCAUAAAAUGUUAUACUCCCUCCAUACUUACUUCAAUACUACAAAUGGAUACAAUAUUUUCUUUUUUAAGAAAA